CUCCCCCCUCGCCCGACUUCUCUCGCGUCUCUCCCUUCCGUUGCCCUCUCCAAUCCACAGCUUCCUCCCAUCCUCUCUCUCUCCUCAGCCGCAUCUCUCUCAGUCGCCGCCGAGGAUCUCGGCCACCGCUGCUGCCAUCUCGCGGGCUGCCGCCGUCGCCGCCAUCUCGCGGGCUACUGCCGCAGCCGCACACAUCUCGCACGCUACUACAGCCAAAGUCACGAUCACCUCGGCCGCCGCCGCCGCCGCACUAACCUCGGCCGCCAUUUUCUUGCCUCGAUCUUGUCUCGCCCCUCUCACCCCUCGUCUUGCGAUGUCCGGAGAAGGGCAGCCCCAUUUCCCUCCUCCAACAGGCAAUGAUCUAAAAAAACAAACACGAGCAAAAUGGACGGAUGUGCAUAGAGCCCAUUUAGUUGAACUUUUACAAGAACAUAAUAAAGAUAAAUGGAGAGGUCAAAAUGGAUGGACUAAAGAGGCAUGGCGUAGUAUACAUAAGGCAAUGAGUAUUAAAUUUCCCCAUUCCAAUUAUACAGUAGAACAAGUGAAAGAUCAAGAGCAACAAUUGAAAAAGCAAUUUAAAGCUGUGAAAAGCUUAGUAGAGAUGAGUGGCUUCGGUUGGGACGGAGAUAAAAAAAUGGUUUCUGCUCCAUCAGAAGUUUGGGAACCGUUGAUUAAUACUAACAAAGAACUUAGGAAAUGGCACAACAAGCCCUUUCCAUGGUAUGAAGCACUAUAUGAUAUUUAUGAAGGCACAUAUGCAGAAGGUAAACGUGCUCGUGGAUGUGAGUAUUAUAGUAAUUUCUCUAGAGGUUCAUCAUCGGCCUCCCAUAUCGAUCUGUCAUCACAACCGGAGUCUCCAUUAGCCACAAUUCCGGGUGUUGGAGUGGAUUUUGAUGAACAUGUUGAAGAGACUCAAGAGGUCGAUUUGUCAGCUCAAAUACCUUCGGCAAGUGACAUACCCCACCCAGUUCAAAUGCCUCCACCUUCACAAUCACAAACACAAACAGAAGGAGAAGCCAAGACUACAUCAAGUUGUAGAAAAAGAAAACAAAAAAAAGAAAAUAUUGAUAAAAUGGGAGAUUACCUAAUUGUGAAGGAAAGGGGCGAUGAUAAAAUUGCUAAAGCCAUUAUCACCGCAGCAGAACUUCAAACAAAAGGUUAUCAUGAUGAUAAGUAUUCAGUUGAUAAAUGUAUGGAGGUGUUUUAUGCGUUACCUAAUUCAUGGACCGCAGACGAGGUGUUUAAAGCUUCAAGAGUGUUCCAAAGAAAGAAAAAAAAUCGUGAGGCUUGGCUUUCAUUGAAGGAUGAACAUAGAACUUAUUGGAUAAGAAGGGCUUGGGAAGAGGGAAUUUAGAAUUAAAUCAUAAGGUUGUUGCUACGGUUGUUUAGUUUACUUUUCUUUUUGUUAGGU